AUGCAGUAUGCUUCGCAGUUUCCGUUGUUUGCCCAGAACAAUCAUCAUUUCCCCAACCUGCUUAUCAGGCCGCGUCCAAGAUUCUGCAUCCUGCGCCCGGGAGGAUUCUGGACACCUCUGAUUCCACUAGAUGAGUUGCCUCACUGGUUGGAGAUAUGCAAUUGGGCCCCGGACAUCCAGUUGGGAAUGUACCCUGCUUCAAUGAGCUACAUGCCGCGAGAAGGGGAGUACGACGUCGUCUGUCAUCAUUGCGCACAUGGUUUGGACUCGUUGCAUCAAAGCGUCUCCGAAAGAGAUGCCUUUUCCGUGCCAUCGACAAAGAGCUCUUCGGAACCACACGGUCCACACCCCGAGCCACAACAGGGAGCUAAAGCUCAGCGUCGGGAUUCUGUUCUCGUACCUACCAAGGGCCAUCCGGCUCAGAUCUUGGAGCAGCCACCCUUCGGCGGGGUGCUACAAGCCCCGUUUGCCGGCAUGUGUAUGGUUGAUAUGCACUCGCAGUACUCCAAUCAUUCUGCAGACCCUCGUCCAGUGGGAAGACGGAUGAGCAUUGAGAAUGCGGCUGCACCGCCGAGCUUUGGUAGGCACGUCGGCAGUCCUCCUCUUUCAAUGGCCUCGUCGGGCAACGCUCGCAGAACCGACACUCCAUAUCCGGGCAGUCCUGGUCCGCAACAUGCACAUGCUGAAUUUUUCGGUAAACCACAGCGGGACCGGGUCAAUUCCUUGAAGAACGAAAGCACUGUAUCCAUGCAAAGCGGUAGUGUCGCCUCUGCUCCACCUCUUACGGCUGCUGCCAUUCAACGCAUGGACAGAAUGCGAAGAAGAAGAUAUUCCCGUGGAAGCACUUUGCACGGAAGUCUUAGUAUCAAAAGUGGAAUAACUCCGUCUCAAGUCUCGCUUUCGCAGCUUUCCAAGGUUUCCCAGGUUUCCAAGGCCUCCAAGAUCUCUAAGGCUUCAAUGGCUUCAAUGGCUUCCAGGAGCUCCUUCAUUGUCCUCUCACGGCGUCGCCGAAGGAUAAUUCUGCGCCGUCAACGUGCUGAAGCAAGACACGACUUGAAGCAUCCAGUCUCAACAGGCUCAUCGGAAGCACCCGCGCCCAAACCGAAGCCAGAACAGUCAAACUCCGCUACCAAGAGACGUGAGCGCCGUGAGCGCAUGAUGCAACGCAAGAACCAAACCGAUCGGGGCAAGCAACCUUAUCAUAACACGGGGAUUCCUAAUUGGAGUUCGGGUAUGUCGAAGCGUUAA